AUGAAUUUGAAAUCUCCACGUUUUUCGUUAAGAAUUAUUUCAAAGUAUUUUAAAAAUGGCGUAAGAUCUUUAAAACACCGUCGAUGGGAUAAAGAAUUAGUCAUGAUUGGGCACGAUGGAAUAUUAGACGAAACUGUUUGGGACGUGGCCGUAGAAACAAUUAGCCAACCCGAUCGGGAAGAUCCUUUUUUCGUCGUCGAUUUGACGGACAUCGAGCGAAAAUACAAGCUGUGGAAGUUAAAAAUGCCAAGAAUAACUCCAUUUUACGCCACGAAGUGCAACGAUUGUCCCGAGGUACUUCGAUAUCUGGCAUCUAUCGGUGUUAAUUUCGAUUGCGCUAGCAAAACCGAAAUCGAAACUGUGAUUAAUUUGGGAGUCGAUCCUUCCCGAAUUAUUUACGCGAAUCCUUGCAAACACAAGUGCUUUAUUAAAUACGCCGCGGAUGUCGGAGUCAAAAUGAUGACGUUCGAUAACGAGAUAGAACUGGAUAAAAUUAAAUCAAUUUUUCCCCGCGCAGAAUUAGUCAUUCGUAUUAAAGUGGACGACAGCCAUUCGAGCAUGAAACUUAGCCUGAAGUUUGGAUGCGAAAUGCGGCGAGUGGCUCGACUGUUGAAAACUGCAAAAAGUUUACAUCUUAAUGUAAUAGGAGUGAGUUUCCACGUCGGUAGCGGAUGUAAAAGUUCUUGGGCUUACUCCCAAGCGAUAAGCGAUGCUAAAGAAGCAUUUGAUAUCGCUAAAGAAAUCGGAUACAAUUUCUAUUUGUUGGAUAUCGGCGGAGGAUUUCCCGGCACGAAAACGGAACAAAAAUAUUUCGAAGAGAUUGCUGCGGUAACUUCCGCUACACUAGACGCGUACUUUCCCGAAGGAUGCGGGGUUCGAAUUAUUGCCGAACCGGGACGCUAUUUUGUCGGUUCCGCAUUUACUUUGUGUACAAAUAUAAUUGCUAAGAGAGACGCCAUUGUUCCCGGGCAAAACGGUGACGAACCAGCUCGCGUGUAUUACUUAAAUGAUGGCGUUUACGGUAGCUUUAAUAUUAUUUUACACGAACCUACAGAAUUUAUUCCUUAUCCGUUAUCGCUGGAAGAAAAAGAAAGAAAAGUGAUGAAAACCAGCCUGUGGGGUCCGACUUGCGAUAGCAUUGACAGAAUAAUCGAAAACUGUUAUCUUCCCGAAAUGAAUAUAGGGGAAUGGCUGCUGUUCGAGAAUAUGGGUGGAUAUUCUUUAACUCCCGCUACUACUUUCAACGGUUUUCAGAAACCAGAAUUUCGAUAUAUCGCGCCACUUCGCGCUUAGUACAUGUUAUCCUAUGGGCUAAAAAAAAGCAAUCGUCCGGAGCCCCACCGACGGGGAAUCGCGAACUAAUGAACUUUUGUAAGAAAAUAUUUCCCCGGAAAACGUGUUUGAAGUAAACACCGCGCGUGGUGCCCCUAAUUUAAAUUGGCCCGACCCCCGCUGGCUUAGUGAUUAUUACUAUUUUACUAUCUCGAAAGAUUAUUCGAUAAAUAAAUAACGUCGCUAUCGUUAUUCGUUGACAUUAUACGAAGAAAUCUCAUAACUGUAAAACAUUUAAAGUAAUAAUAAUAAAUGCUUGUCAUCGUUACUUCGCCAGGCGGCAAUAUCAAACAAUCCAAAAGUCGAGCCAGCUUUACGGGGGAUUUACGAUUAAAAAAUAACUGUAAGAAUUCCAAUUGACAAAAUUUUCUAAUAAAUAUUUGUUACGAGUAUUUUAAAACGAAAUAAGUCGUUUAAAAUUGACGGGCGGAUGACCGAAUUAGCCGUUUGGGGAAACUCCCGUGAACUUUGACC